UCAAUAUCUCAAUAUCAAUAUCCACGUAGUGAAGCUUAGUCCAAGCUCAGAUCUACAACGGCCAUCUCCUGCAGUCUGCUCAGAAGGUCAUUGUCUUCCUUGCUUCCGUUUGUCUAUCAAAAGCGAUACUCGACGCGCAUAAUGGCGACGCAAGACUUAUCCGACAGCCUUCGCAAGCUUGGACUCGACACCACGGUUACCUUCCCAAAGUCUGCAGAUCCUACACAUAACCCCAUCGACCUCUACAAGACGUACGUUGCGGACCAGCUUGCGGCUAUCUCCCAACAUCCUCGCGAUACAAUCUAUGCGGCAUUGGACUUGGCGCCGGCAAAAGGUCAGCAAGACCUUGUCCUGCCUAUUCCGAAGCUUGGCAAAGCCAAGGCCAAGCCAGCAGAUCUAGCACUACAGUGGACAGAGGCCUUUCCAAAGGACAUUGUCACUGCUGUAUCAGAGGGCAUCUUUAUGCGCUUCACAUUCCCAACACAGCGGUCGGUGAGCUUUUUGGUCCCACAUAUCCUUGCGCAGCGCGAGAAGUACGGUACGUUUGAUACCUUCAAGGGCAAGAAAGGAAUAGUCGAGUUCUCAUCACCCAAUAUCGCCAAGCCUUUUCAUGCAGGACACUUGCGCUCUACUAUUAUUGGUUCAUUCUUGGCCAAUCUGCAUGAAGCGAUGGGAUGGGAAGUGGUUCGCAUGAACUAUUUAGGGGAUUGGGGGAAGCAGUACGGCUUGUUGGCAUUGGGUUACGAAGCAUUUGGCAAUGAAGAAGAGUUGAAGCAAGAUGCCAUCAAGCAUCUCUACGAUGUCUACGUUCAAAUCAACGCACAAGCCACGGCUGAAGAAGACGCCGAAAAGGCUCGCAAGGUCAAGUGCGAAGAAGAAGGUACACCCUAUGAGCCUCGCGAGACGCUACAUGAUCGUGCCCGCGCCUACUUCAAAGCCAUGGAGGAUGGCUCAGAAGCUGAACUUGCAGUCUGGCGCAAGUUUCGUGACUUGUCUAUUGUCAAGCUUGAGCAGACCUAUGCCCGGCUCAACAUCCACUACGAUUUCUACUCUGGCGAGUCACAAGUGCCGCAAAAGCGCAUGGACGAUGCAAUGGAGCUCUUGAAGCAGAAGGAGUUGAUUGUUGAGGAGAAGGGUGCGCUCUUGGUCGACCUGAUUCCAGCCAACAAGAAACUUGGCCGAGCAAUUGUGCAGAAGCGAGACGGCACCACACUUUACCUCACCCGUGAUAUUGGAGAGGUGCAAGACCGGUGGGAGAAGUACAAGUUUGACAAGAUGAUCUAUGUCGUUGCUGCUCAGCAGGACUUGCAUCUCGCUCAGUUGUUCAAGAUUUGUGAGCUUAUGGGCUAUGAGUUUGCGGAUCGUCUGCAGCACGUCAACUUUGGUAUGGUUCUGGGUAUGUCUACCCGGAAAGGUACAGCAGUCUUCCUUGACCAAAUUCUGGAAGAGGCCAAGGCGACCAUGUAUGCGGUCAUGCAGAAGAACGAGGUCAAGUUCAAUCAGAUUGAGGAUCCAGAGCAUGUUGCAGAUGUUGUUGGUAUUACAGCCGUCAUGAUUCAAGACAUGUCUGGAAAGCGUAUCAACGACUAUGCCUUCGCUUGGGACCGAAUGACCAGUUUCGAGGGCGAUACGGGUCCUUACCUUCAGUAUGCACACUCGCGACUUUGCUCAGUGCAACGCAAGAAUCCAGAAUUCAAGGAGGCCGACUUGGCAUCCGCGGACUUUACUCUCUUGACGGAGCCGAUCGUACAGGAUCUCGUCAAGUUGCUCAUGAUCUGGCCUUCUGUUGUUCAAAACACGUACAAAACACAGGAAGCCUCCAACAUUGUCACAUACCUCUUCAGGCUAUGUCAUGGCAUUUCCGGAGCGUAUGACAAGUUGUGGGUGUCGAAUCAGCCGCAUGAUUUGGCACAAGCACGACUGGCCCUGUACGUUGCUUGUCGGAUUGUGCUUGGCAACGGCAUGCGACUGUUGGGUCUCAAGCCGUUGGAGCGUAUGUAGAGCCGUUCGUUGAUACUGGAUGGCUCACACGACUUGUUUGAAGUUGGGCCACUGUCUCUUGGAGCACGAGCUCGGCAUUUCUUACUUGAAGUUUGAAGAGGCCGAUGCGCCCGAGUCCCGAGCCGCUGUCAAGCUUAGAAAGGGUAUGUGUAGCCGAUAAUCCUUGGUCAUUCUACACUCGUAGGAGUCGUAGCGGCCCUAGCGGGGCUUCAAUGAUUCGUGUGUCCAGUCAUGCCCAUACGAGUCGAGUCCAAAGUUC